CGUUAUUCAUCUUCAUCCCAAAAAAGCAUCUCUCUAUGGAGAACCUUAGUGAUGAGUACACACUCGAUUGUGAAACGAAUACGUUCCUCCAAGCUGAAGAACUUCAACGUUAUUUGGAUGAAGCAAUUCCUACACACAAUGCAAGCUCUCAAGAUGGAACACAAUCAUCACUGAUGGCCAACAAAAGCAUUGCUUCAGAGAGGAAUAGAAGGAAGAAACUUAAUGAAAGGCUCUAUUCACUAAGAUCAGUAGUUCCCAAUAUUACCAAGAUGCAUAAGGAAUCCAUAGUCAAAGAUGCCGUCGAUUAUAUUCAAAAAUUGCACGAAGAAGAGAGAAAAAUUCAAGCAGAAAUAUCAGAUUUGGAAUCUGCAGGGUCGUCGUCAAAAAGUACAAUUUCUUCACCACCCCCAAAGAGAAUAGCAAGUGAAAGCUCCUAUGAUUCUGGAGGAUUGAGAUCAUAUCCCAUUGAAGUUCUUGAGUUGAGAGGAUCCAGCAUGGGAGAGAAGACAGUUGUAGUUAGCCUCACAUGCAGCAAAAGAUCAAAUACAAUGGUAAAGCUAUGUGAGAUGUUUGAAUCUUUGAAACUCGAAAUCAUCAGUGAAAACAUCACUGCUUACUCCGAUAGGGUUUAGAAAACUGUGUUUGUUCAGGCUGAUGAGAAGGAGAAGGAUCUUCUGAAGAUUAAAAUAGAAACAGCCAUAGCAGCCCUAAAUGCUGCAUAAAACGAUAAUAGGGAAAGUAUGUUGUCAUAAUGUAUUAACAUAUUUGUCACCAUAAGUACUUUUUUUAUUAUAAGUCUAAAAAAUUUACUUAUAAGUUUGCUUAUAAGUAAAUUAGCAUAAGUUCUUAAAAUAAAUAAGGGCCUUGUCUCCAUCCUACAAACAAGGUGAUAUUGCUUGGGAGUUUCUUUUUAAGGAUAUUCAA